AUGUGGAAUGGCUCGCAGUUUGAACUGGCAAGUGUAGAGAGACGUCGCAACAAUGAGCGAGAAAGAAAAGAGCGAAUUUUUAACGACAAACUCAGAACCAUUGGUAUCGAUAAAGAAGGCCUUGAAAAGCAGCUGGAUGACAAGAAGAAAUGGAAAGAUGCUGAAAAACUGGAACAGGACACCUUUGAGGCCCAAUUCCUGCAUGAUAGCAAGCAAGCGUACCUUCUCCAUGUCAAAGAAGAAAAGGAGAAACAAGCAAUGGAGAGGACCAAUUUUCUGGAACAGUAUGAGCGUGCCAUUCAGGAGAGGUUGAACCGGGAUGACUCCGAGGAAGCAGUGGAACACAUGAUGCCUCCUGGAAUGGCCGGGGAGGACCCGGGCAGUGAAAGCCGAGUAUACAGACAGAAAGAGCAAUUGAGAGAGUGGCUGCUCCAGCAACAGACAGAGCAAGCCGUGGAGAAAGAAAGACAGAGAAUGGAAAAGUUGGCCGACGACCAAUUCAGAGUACAUAUCGACAAUGUAGCUCUGGGACUGGAAACGGCCGAGAUGGAGAAGAGGAAAAAAAAUGCGGUCGAAAUGAACGAGUUCAAUCAGGCCAUGGCUGAAGAGAGGCAACGGUACGAACGGGAACUCAAAGACGAUCCGAGAGAGAUACGGCCGAGUCAGGUGGGGGUACCGGGUAUUUUUCACAGCUACGACAGGAGGCCGCGUCCGGAGAGUUCGCAGCAGAUGAAAAAGUUCUGGAACCUUCAAGUUGAGGAGAAAAUGAUGACCAAGUUGGAGGGGAUCCGAGAGAAGCAACAAUAUGCUCGGUGGUGCUCGAACGCGGCACGUACGGCUAUGAUCCUACAGAGGCAGCAGGAACGACAGAAGAAGGAGCUGCGGCAAGAGCUGGACCACAACAACAGCACCACCGCUGAAUAUGACAGACGCAACAGACCUGACAUCAAAAGAGGACGCAUCGAUGAAAGUUUCUUCGCCAAAUUUAACACCUGCAGUCGCUGAAAGAACACUUGUGACUUUAAGACAUGUUGACACACUGCAAUCAACAAUAUGUAUCAUUGUUGGCCAUUAAUGUUAACAACCUCAACCUGAACCUUAGUAAAGACGACAAAUGUGAA